UUGCACAGCUGGACUCAAAGAGCGACUCGACUCAUCCAACAUGGCCGGCCAGGAAGACCCAGUGCAGAGAGAAAUCCACCAAGACUGGGCCAACCGGGAGUAUAUUGAAGUGAUCACGAGCAGCAUCAAGAAAAUCGCCGACUUCCUUAACUCGUUCGACAUGUCAUGUCGAUCUCGUCUGGCUACGCUCAAUGAGAAGUUGACAGCCUUGGAGAGGAGAAUUGAAUAUAUCGAAGCAAGAGUGACUAAAGGAGAAACCUUGACAUAAACGUCUUCAUGGACCAUCGCAGCCUCCCACUGCUGUCUUCCCAACUCCCGCUGUCCCAGACUAUCUUCUUUGUUUGUGAUGGAUUCCACCCUUUGUUUUGCUGCACAUUUAUUUGAAUGCAUUAUAUUCCUAGUGUUGCUUGUUUCAUCUGAUGCCACCAACAUUUGUACGUGUCUCCUCGGCAUGAUAUUUUUAAGAAAGUAACUUAAAGUGAUAACAUUUUGUGGAUUUUGGUUGUCGCUUAAGGGAAGGGAAGGGAAUGUGUCAUACACCAUGUCAAAAACACAGCUCAGAAGUGAUGAGUGGGGGAACAUCCUCUCGUGCCAAGUUCAACAAGUCUUGUUAUGUGGUCUUUAUUAAGGACUGAUGUGUAUAGUGUACUGUUGGUCACGUGUCAACAUUUGCAAACUGUAAUAAAAUAUAAGAA